AUGGCCACAGCUGCCUCUAAUCCCUACAGCAUUCUCUCUUCCAGCUCCCUGGUCCAUGCAGACUCUGCGGGCAUGCAGCAAGGGAGCCCUUUCAGGAAUCCACAGAAACUGCUCCAAAGUGAUUACCUGCAGGGAGUACCCAGCAAUGGACAUCCACUGGCGCACCACUGGGUCACAAGCUUAAGUGAUGGCAAUCCUUGGUCUAGCUUAGCCACAAGUCCUUUGGACCAACAGGACAUUAAACCAGGAAGAGAAGAUCUGCAGCUGGGGGCUAUAAUCCAUCACAGGUCUCCUCAUGUUAGUCACCACUCACCCCAUACAAAUCAUCCCAACGCUUGGGGAGCUAGCCCAGCUCAUAACUCAAGUGGACAACCUAUAAAUGUCUACUCACAGUCCGGUUUUACGGUCAGUGGAAUGUUGGACCAUGGAGGGCUCACACCACCACCUCCAUCAGCCACCACACAAAGCCUCCACCCUGUGCUGAGAGAUAACACUGACCAUGGCGAUCUUUCCCAUCACUGUCAAGACCAUUCAGACGAGGAAACCCCCACAUCAGAUGAGCUGGAGCAAUUUGCCAAGCAGUUCAAACAAAGACGAAUCAAGCUGGGAUUCACCCAAGCAGAUGUUGGUUUAGCACUAGGGACUCUGUAUGGCAAUGUAUUUUCCCAGACCACCAUCUGCAGGUUUGAAGCUUUGCAGCUCAGCUUUAAAAAUAUGUGCAAACUAAAACCUCUGCUAAACAAGUGGCUGGAGGAAGCUGAUUCCUCCACAGGUAGCCCUACCAGCAUUGACAAGAUAGCAGCCCAAGGUCGGAAAAGAAAGAAGAGAACCUCUAUAGAGGUGAGUGUCAAAGGUGUGUUGGAAACCCAUUUCCUUAAAUGUCCCAAACCUGCAGCCCAAGAGAUCUCCUCCUUGGCAGACAGCCUGCAGCUGGAGAAAGAAGUAGUCCGUGUCUGGUUUUGUAAUAGAAGACAAAAAGAGAAAAGAAUGACUCCUCCAGGAGACCCACAGCAACACGAAAUCUAUUCUCACAAUGUCAAAACAGACACCUCCUGCCAUGAUCUCUGACUAUAGGCUGGGGCCAGUCAGGACUAAAACAAAGUGGAUUUUUUUUUAUGGGUUUUUAACUUAUGUUUUUGGCGAUAAAAAAAAUUACAGAAAUAAGACUUAGGAGCAAAGUGUUCCAUAUUUGGGCAAUAUAAGUGAUAUUAUAUGCUGUUUACUAGACAGAAAGAUGUGUGCCUCUGAACCAACC